AUUCAUUUUAAGUUUCAUUUAUUUAGAUCUUUUUAAAAAAAAUAAUUUUUAAUGUUUUUGUUUACACAUUGAUUGUUUACUUUGUAUUCCGGAUUAUCGUUCUCAGAUAUGAACAGACCAUUCAUUCUGAGAAAUUCGGAAUAUUCGGAAUAUUCAUAUUACAUUAUCGUAUAUCUAAAUAACAUCUAUUUCAUUAUAGGUAUUCAUAAUCAGAAAAAACUUAUCUGUUGUUUCACAACUAUAUAUUUAGUACUACUUAAAUAUUAUCUUUGGAUUUAUUUAUAGAGAUUAUUAUUAUUAUAAUAAAAAUAUUCGAUUUUUUUUUUGAAGUACAAAUAUUUAUAUUAUUAUUUGUACUCCAAAAAGAAAAAAAAAAUUAUUCAAAAUGUCUUUUAAAAAGGAAAUCUAAUUAGGGGGGUUUAUUUAAUUCUAAAUAGUAGAAGCAGGUGGACCAUAAAGUGUAUUACAUCUUCUUUCAAAAGCAUCAAUUAUCAUCAUAUUCAUAUCAUCAAAGAAUACACUUGCAAGUUGUGAAUACACAACUGAAUAAAAUUCAUAUUCUAAAUGAAAAUUCAAAUCACAAUGUGAUGAUGAAGAAUCACUAUGUGGAGUUAUUUUCCAUUCAGCUGAUAAAUUUUUAAACAAGUCAUCUGAUACA